ACCUCCGUGCAACAGUUGAACCUCGAAUUCGUGUGUUUUGUUUUUCCGUGUGAUUCAUGCUGUCCGUGACUGUGUGAAGGAAGCGGACAUAGACACUCCCGGACUACAAACUGUGGGUGCGUGGACGGAAACUCCCCCACACCAUCAACAGUCAUGGAUUCACGCGUUCACAACAACUCCUAGUUGCCUUCACUUUGUCGAAACAAGACUUCAAGAGCAACGGAACUCGGACAUCAUUUCAACCAUGGGACAUGUUUUCAAGACAAAGAGUCUUUUUAAAUGUGUGCUGUGCUUUCCUGUUGCACUCUGUGUUUUCUACUUCACCUCUUCGUCUGUUAGGUAUUUAAUAGGGUUCAUCCCUAUGGAUAAGUGCCCUUUGACCAACGCAAGCAUGUUGAAUCUGGAUUACAGUGCAGAUGCCAAGCUUGAUCUCUGGUCUAGAAGUGACGUUCAGACGUGCACGUCAUGGAAAGCUCCAGUUAUCUGGGAAGGGAUGUUUGACCCAGAGCUGUACGACCACAUGCACAAGAGAAAGGAGACCUCUGUGGCCUUGACCGUGUUUGCUGUUGGCAGGUACCUGGAUGUGUACCUUAAGAAUUUCCUCAACUCAUCAGAACAUCACUUCAUGGUGGGUUUGCCAGUCACUUAUUAUGUAUUCACCGACAUCCCAGAAAAGGUACCAGACAUGAAGCUGGCCAAGCAGCGAAGCCUGAAAUUUAUCCAAGUGGAGAGGCACUCCAGGUGGCAGGACAUAUCAAUGAUGCGAAUGAAGGCAAUAUCUGAUGUCAUCGACUCGGACAUCCGCUACCACUGCACUCAUGUUUUCUGCUUUGAUGUGGAUCAGGUAUUUGCAGGGAGGUUUGGCUCAGAGGCUCUGGGGCAAUCUGUGGCUCUACUGCAUGCCUACUACUACCACCUUCCAAAGAGACUGUUCACCUACGACCGCAACCCAAAGUCCAGGGCUUAUAUGGAAACUGGGGAUUUCUACUACCAUGCUGCUGUCUUUGGAGGCUCGUGGCAGCAUGUGAAGGAUUUGACUAAAGCUUGCUACCACAGCAUCAUGGAGGAUAAACAAAAUAACGUAGAGGCUCGGUGGCAUGACGAGAGUCAUCUAAACAAGUACCUGUGGCUCAACAAACCAAGCAGGGUGCUCUCACCGGAGUAUUGUUGGGACACCGAUAUUGGCUACAGAAGUGAUAUACGAGUCACUCGCUUACUUUGGGCCCCAAAACAUUAUAAUACACUGCGUAAACCGUAGUGUGAUUUGAAGUCAUGAAGACCAAAAAUCUGUUGCUGAUCUCAGAUGUUAACAUAAUGUCACGUGUUUGUGUUUUUGUUUUUUUUUUUCUUUCUUUCUUUCUCGCUCAUUCUAAAUUUCUGUAUCUGUGCAGGUGUGGAUUUUCCUAAAUCGGUAACAGGAUCCUUCAUAGCCUGCCUGUAUUUACAGAUAGAUGUUUUUGAGAACUCAGGUGAAUCCACACAGAUGUUGCCUUUGCUUGAAGUCAGGGUUCUAGCCUUUUUUUUUUUAAAUCAUGGCCUACUUUGGAAUUCUGAAAUAUUUUUACAAACCCAGCUGUUUGGAACUGGGUCCUUUUUUAUUUUAUGUUAAUCUGUUCUAUUUAAUAUUUUCAAAUCAUAGCACAGUGCCUUUAAAAAACACUCAUGCCUAGAUCUUGUAGGUAUUAUUUCAAGGUGGACAUUGCACAAAGGCACAUGAAAGCCUCAUGCUUAGAUUUCGUAGUUGAUAUUUCUAUCAAUACGUAAAUGUAAAGCAGGUAGAUUUGUGGAAUAAGAGGUUAGGGCCACCAGUAUGUAGACCUGGGUUCAAUUCCCAGUCACACUAUCUGUCUGUGUCCUUGGAUAAGACAUUUAUUUUGCCUGGUUCAAGUCCAACCAGCUUUAACUGGGUACCAACCUUGACAAGGGAAGUAACCUGUGUUGGAUUGAUGUCCCAUCCAGGUGGAGCAAUGGACUCUCUUAAUACUACAGAAUCUGGGUAGAAGCACCAGCAUCAAUGAGCCUCGUGUCUUGUAUAUGACUACAUUGUUUUUCCCCCUCAGUAUCACUAUAAUGUGAACUUAAAACUGUUGAAACAAGCAAAACCUUGUCUUUGUACAGUGUCUUCAGCCACAGCUGUUGAACUGUGCAAAGUGGGUUUUGCCUGUUGUUUCAACUGCCAUAACUUUAUAUUUUAUGUAACAGCUGAGUGGAUCCUUGUCAUUUGAUUGGUGCUUUGUAUGUCACAUGACAUGGAUUAUUUGUCCCAUCUGUUUAGCUAAAUGCUAAACAU